GCUCAUACCGUAGCACUGCUAGUUCACACGCCACCGACCACGUCUAACAGCUGGCUUUUCCGGCUGAACGAGAAUCAACUUUCGGAGUAAUAUAAAAUGUUUUUCCGGAAACUUCUUCCCGAGAGAAUCUUGUUUCUCCCUUAAACCAACUUCAAUUUCUCUGAGUAUUCGUUCUUUUAACGGUGGAAUCGAUUCAUUUGGCGGGAGGCAUGUGGUUGGAGCUGAUUUGUGGUCUCAUAAUCUACCUAUUGUUCCGUUGUUUCUUCUACGACGAUGAUGUCGCUGAAGUUGAAACCACCGAUUCCAGGGCCCUAUUCUCCGUCGCCGAUAGGCUUGAAAAGCUUCAUGGUGGUAAAGUCUACAUUGGACUUCGAAUUCCAGAUGCGGAUACGGGCUCACGGCAGAAUAUUGAUAUGGUUCUUGUAACCAAAGGGGAGGUGGUGGUGAUAUCUGUUCAGAAUCUGUCAGGGUUUGUAUCAAUUGAUGCAGACGGAAGUUGGGUUUGCAUGGGUAAGAAAAGACACAAGACAGAGCGUCAUCCAGAUCCUGUGGCUGAAACUAAAAGACAAGUUGCAAUUCUUGAAUCAUAUCUUGAACAAAGGGGAGCUGCUCUUCCAGAAGGAUAUUUGUCAUGUAGAGUCAUAUGUCCCAAUCCGAAUUUUCGCACCAUUCGUUCAAACUGUUUCUCGUCUGAGGUCAUAACUUAUGACCAGUGGAUACAAUUGAAACCAGAGCUGGAGAGCACAUUUUCUGGUUGGAUUAAAGGUGUGUUUCGCAGUGAAAAGAAAGAAAUGCAGGAAUCGAUACAUCAGAAUCUUAAUUUCAUCCUCAGAACGGCUCCUGUAUGGGACAGAUUGGAGCUUAAAGGUAACAAAAAUCUCCUGGGAGAAUUUUUGGAGUUCAAAGGGAAGCAAGAUGAUAUCCAGGCUUUGAAAAAUAUCAGGAGAUCAAAAGUUAGUCGUCUGAUCAUCCAAAAGUCAAGCAUGUUUGGUUUAGCCCAUUCAAAUCUUCAAGUUCUUUACUCUCCUCGUGACUACCGAAGUGAAGGGACUUCAGCUUCCGAGUGUAAGGAAGUAACUGUUAGAUCAAGUACUGAGGCUCUAUUUCGGCCCCAAAACUCUACCGAAGUACGGAAAUUCAAGCUAUCGGCAAUCAUUUCCAUGUCACUGAGUGCUUGAGAAUGUUUCGGCUGAGUAAACAUGAUUGCAAUAUGGAGGAUGUAAAAAUUGUUACCCUUGGAUUCCUAUCUUUGUUUUUGAUAUUGUCUUAUCAAUGUUGUAUAUGUGAUGCAAGUAUCCUAUAUAUAUUAUGGUGGAAAAUGAUUUCAGAUGAGUUAGGUUAUGUACUUUAUUAUCUCUUCGGAAAAGCUUGAUGCAGAACGAAAAGAGAAAUUCAUAUAAUAUUAAUGUAAAUAAAUGAAUGGGGACAUUAUUUUACUUCAA